ACUACUUAAUUUUCUUCUUAAAAACAAGAAAACCAAAUUUUAUAAACUUUAGGGUUUUCAACCCCACCCGCCAAAUCCUCCUCAAUCUAAUAACUUCUCCUCACGGCAUUGCUCCGCCUCCUGUAUGAACCGGAUCCCGGUUCCGAUCCUCACCGCCGAUUCGGCUCAAACUUCUCCCGCCUCCACUAAUGGCGUCGAAAGCUUCGCCGUCCAUUUCCGCUACUAGAUCGGAGCUUCCCAAGGACUCUCCGAUGAUAAAACCUCAGGAAAUAUCACUAACAGUAACAGAAAAGGAGAUAUUAACUGUUAUUGAUUCUGUAAAGGAGCAAGUUGCAGCUAACCGGUGUGUUUCAAUAAAGAAAAGAAUGGAUGAGAAUAAACAAAAGCUGGUUGGUGUUACAAACCAAUUGUAUAAGAUGUCCAAGGAGAGACGAAAUGGCUGCUGGAUACAAAUUAAUGAUAAUAGUGUUGAUUUACUAACAAAGAGGCAAAAAGAUGCCCUUGGUAUGCAUACUGGUAUUGAUUCAAGUCAUGGUGAUAAGGAUAGCAAUUACUCUCAAGAAGAUGGUCAUGCUUCUACUGCGGUUCUUUUGGGAUCGAGUAUUCCUGUCAAGAAUGCUGUUCGGCCUAUUAAGCUCCCAGAGAUCAAGAGAUUGCCCCCUUAUACUACAUGGGUCUUUUUGGAUAGAAAUCAAAGGAUGAUGGAUGAUCAGUCUGUGGUUGGGCGUAGGAGAAUAUAUUAUGAUCAAAAUGGCGGGGAAGCCCUAAUAUGCAGUGACAGUGAGGAAGAAGCAAUUGAGGAUGAGGAAGAAAAGAGAGCCUUUAUAGACUCUGAAGAUUUUGUCCUUCGCAUGACUGUCAAAGAAGUUGGUUUGUCUGACUCUGUGAUGGAAUUACUGGCACAAUGCUUUUCUAGAAGCCCUUCUGAAGUCAAGGCAAGAUAUGAAGUUCUUUCUAAGGAAGAGCAGGCUUUAGGAGAUCCACAGAUUAGAGAUGCUGAAGCACAGACAGCAAAUUCCUUUGCAGACAAAGAUCUUGAAGCUGCUUUGGAUUCUUUUGACAAUCUAUUUUGCCGUCGAUGUCUUGUCUUUGACUGUAGAUUGCAUGGAUGCUCUCAGGAUCUUGUCUUUCCUGCUGAUAAACAACAUACAUGGAACCAUCCGGUUGAGGAAAAUGUACCAUGUGGGCCACAUUGCUACAAAUCGGUUUUGAAGUCGGAAAGAAUUGAUACUGCAAAUUCUCCUGAGUGCCAUGAUAUUGGAGAAAAUUCUGUGCAGAUAUCGUUGAAGAAGAAAUCUUCUGCUCAAUCUGCCAGGAGGAGGGUGAAGUCCAGCCAAAGUGAAAGUGCUUCCUCAAAUGCAAAAAAUGUUUCAGAGAGCAGUGAUUCAGAAAUUGGACCUCAGCAAGAUGCAGCUUCUCCCUCAAAGGCUAAGCUUGGUGGAAAAUGUCAGAGGAACAGCAAGCGAGUGGCUGAACGAGUUUUAAAUUGCAUGCGUAAAAGGCAGAAGAAGACGGUGGCUUCUGAUUCCGAUUCUGUUGCUAGUGGAGGUCUUUUACAAGGUGAAGUAAAACUUAGAUCCACUUCAUGCAAAGAAAAUGAGGAUGCUAGUUCUUCUUCCCAUAAAAAAGCUAAAUCUCCAACAAAUGUACGGUCUAGGAGGAAGGAUUCAACAAUUCAGGAUGACAAUAAUUUAGUGCAGGAGGAACUUCAUGAUGUUCCUCCAAGGGAGAUCAUUGCAGAUCCACCUGCCUCUAGUAGUGAUAACACAUUAAGGAAAGAAGAGUUCAUAGAUGAAAAUGUAUGUGAAAAAGAGUUGAAUGAUAACAGAUCAUGGGGAACUUUUGAGAAAAGCCUAUUUGAGAAAGGCAUAGAGAUCUUUGGCAGGAACUGUUGUUUAAUUGCUAGAAACCUUUUGAAUGGUUUAAAGACUUGUGGGGAGGUAUUCCAAUACAUGACUUGCUCUGAUAAUCGACUGGCCUGCCUAGCAGGUGAUGCUGCAAAUUCUCUUGGUGAAGGGUAUUCCAAGUUUGACUUUAAUGGAGCGACGGGUAACAAUGAAGUAAGAAGAAGAUCAAGGUUCCUACGCAGAAGAGGAAAGGUUCGCCGGCUGAAGUAUUCUUGGAAGUCUACUGCUUACCAUUCUAUUAGAAAACGGAUUACCGAGAGAAAAGAUCAGCCGUGCCGCCAGUAUAAUCCAUGUAAUUGCGGAACUGCUUGUGGAAAGCAGUGUGCAUGUCUGCAGAAUGGCACGUGCUGUGAGAAAUACUGUGGAUGUCCAAAGACUUGCAAGAACCGAUUUAGGGGCUGUCACUGUGCUAAAAGUCAAUGUCGAAGUCGUCAAUGUCCAUGCUUUGCUGCAGAUAGGGAAUGUGAUCCAGAUGUGUGCCGGAAUUGUUGGGUCAGUUGUGGCGAUGGUACUCUUGGGAUUCCCAACCAAAGAGGUGAUAACUACGAAUGUAGGAAUAUGAAGCUUUUUCUCAAACAACAACAGAGGGUUUUACUUGGAAGAUCUAAUGUAUCUGGUUGGGGAGCUUUCUUGAAGAAUAGUGUUGGCAAACAUGAGUAUCUCGGUGAAUACACUGGAGAGCUGAUUUCACAUAGGGAAGCAGAUAAGCGUGGAAAAAUAUAUGACCGUGAAAACUCAUCAUUUCUCUUCAAUCUAAAUGAUCAGUAUGUUCUGGAUGCCUACCGAAAGGGUGACAAACUGAAGUUUGCAAACCACUCGCCAGACCCAAAUUGUUACGCAAAGGUGAUGAUGGUUGCAGGGGACCAUCGAGUGGGCAUAUUUGCCAAGGAACGAAUGAGUGCUGGAGAAGAACUUUUCUAUGAUUAUCGUUAUGAACCCGACAGAGCUCCUGCUUGGGCAAGGAAGCCUGAAGCAUCUGGAUCAAAAAAAGAAGACGGAGCUCAUACAGGUGGUCGUGCCAAGAAGGUUGCUUAAUUUGGAGUAUAUUUAUAUUCUCGAUUUGCAAAUUUAUCAUUCUUUUAUAGGUACAACUUUUGUCAUUCUAAUCGACCCCAUAGGAGCACGCAGAGUCAUUUUAUUGUCAUCUCCACCGGUAACUUCUUUGAUUUUGCUCCCAAUUAAUGUUGAUUAAUGAGCAAAUUGUAUUCAGUACAGCAAAAGAAAACUAUUAUUUCAUUGAAUCAAAUACUUUCUAACAUCAAAACAUUCAAAAAUCAAUGGUUAAGAAAAUUUGUUUCUUUUUCA